CCCAAAAAGUAUAUUCUUCAUCGUUGGAGUAUGGUUGCAAGAUAUCGGUCGAACGUUAUGAUGGUUGAUACAAGUAACAAUGCUUUGACACCCUUGAUGAAGUGGAGUGCACAAAAUAUGUGUUUUCGUAUGCACAGUCUAUAUCAUCCUUAGAGAUAUAUGAAAAAAUUAUGCCUAAGCUAAAUGAUAUCUUCAAAAUGGUUGGUGAAUUCUCUAGUGCACAAGAACAUGUCUUGCCCACGGAGCAAAGUGAGGCAAAUGAGGAGAUUAUUGGUUCAUCUUCUUUCCUUGCAACCUCAGGUGGAGAUGAUGCUUGUGGGUCGCACAUUAGUAUUCUUGAUCCAAAACGUGUUAAAAGCAAAGGUCGGCCAAAAGUGAAUACAAGUAUUAAAUCUGGGAUCGAUAUUCAAUUGUCAUUACAGAAGAAAAGAACUUGCAGUAGAUGUGGGAGAAAGGGUCAUUACAUGUCUACAUGCACAUUUAGUCAGGCCUGAGCCAUAUUUUUUGGAAUGCUUUUGGAUGUCUAUUGCAGAAAUUUGUGCUGAAUAUCUGUCUGGAAUGCUUUUGGAUGUCUGACUUAUAUUGGUCUCUUUGCUUGUGGACAUUAUGUUCAUAUUUAUUUUCAUGUUUUUAGUGAA